AUGAUUUCCUGGGAAGUUGUCCACACAGUACUCCUGUUGGCUCUACUUUAUUCGUCCCUAGCUCAAGAUGCGGGUCCCCCGUCGGAGAUCAGGGCUGAGGAAAUUCCCGAGGGGGCCUCCACCUUGGCUUUUGUGUUUGAUGUGACUGGUUCCAUGUAUGAUGAUUUAGUUCAGGUUAUUGAAGGGGCUUCCAAAAUUCUGGAGACGUCUUUGAAAAGACCUAAGAGACCUCUUUUCAACUUUGCUUUGGUGCCUUUCCAUGAUCCAGAAAUUGGCCCAGUCACAAUUACCACAGAUCCCAAGAAAUUUCAAUAUGAACUCAGAGAACUGUAUGUUCAGGUGAAGAGGAUGGAUGACAUAGGUUUAAAUGUUAUUAUAAAAGCAGAACUUCGAGGGUCUCAGAAAAGCUACUUGUUUGUAGUUACAGAAGUUGCUGAAGGUAAUAAAAUGCUCACCAGAGUUUGUGCGAACUCUCGGGGUGGUGGUGAUUGUCCAGAAAUGAGUAUUGGAGCUAUAAAAAUUGCCUUGGAAAUUUCUCUUCCUGGUUCUUUCAUCUACGUUUUCACUGAUGCACGGUCCAAAGAUUACCGGCUCACCCAUGAGGUGCUGCAGCUCAUCCAACAGAAGCAGUCACAAGUGGUAUUUGUGCUCACUGGAGAUUGUGAUGACAGGAACCAUAUUGGAUAUAAAGUCUAUGAAGAAAUUGCCUCUACAAGUUCUGGUCAAGUGUUCCAUCUGGACAAAAAACAAGUUAAUGAGGUGUUAAAGUGGGUAGAAGAAGCAGUGCAGGCAUCCAAAGUUCACCUCUUAUCCACAGAUCAUUUGGAACAGGCUGUAAAUACAUGGAAAAUUCCUUUCGAUCCUAGCUUAAAAGAGGUCACUGUGUCUCUGAGUGGCCCUUCUCCAGUGAUUGAAAUUCGCAAUCCUUUAGGGAAGCUGAUAAAAAAGGGAUUUGGCCUGAAUGAGCUAUUAAACAUCCAUAACUCUGCCAAAGUGGUGAAUGUAAAAGAACCAGAAAUUGGAAUGUGGACAGUGAAGACCUCCAGUGGUGGAAGGCACUCUGUCCGUAUCACUGGCCUCAGUACCAUUGAUUUCCGAGCUGGCUUUUCCCGAAAGCCCACCCUGGACUUCAAAAACACAGUCAGCAGACCGGUGCAAGGAAUACCUACCUACGUGCUGCUGAAUACUUCCGGAAUUUCCAUUCCAGCUAGAGUAGAUCAUCUUGAACUUCUGAGUAUCUCAGGCAGUUCUCUCAAGACUAUUCCUGUUAGAUAUUACCCAGAUCGGAAACCUUAUGGCAUAUGGAAUAUUUCUGAUUUUAUACCUCCAAAUGAAGCUUUCUUUCUCAAAGUAUCAGGCUAUGAUAAGGAUGGUUAUCUCUUCCAGAGAGUAUCAAGUGUUUCCUUUUCUAGUAUUGUCCCAGGUGCUCCCAAAGUCACAAUGCCCAAGAAAACUCCAGGAUACUACCUGCAGCCAGGCCAGAUUACCUGCUCUGUUGAGAGUCUUUUGCCCUUUACCUUGAGCUUUGUCAGAAAUGGAGUUACACUUGGAGUAGACCAAGAAUCUGCCAGUGUGAACUGGGAUAUUGAAGAGGUCACCUUGUCUGACGAAGGCUCCUAUGAAUGCAUUGCUGUCAGCAGUGCAGGGACCGGACGGGCACAGACGUUUUUUGAUGUGUCAGAGCCCCCUCCAGUCAUUCAAGUGCCUAAUAAUGUAACAGUCACUCCUGGAGAGAGAGCAGUUUUGACGUGUCUCGUCAUCAGUGCAGUGGAUUACAAUCUAACCUGGCAGAGGAAUGGCAGAGACGUCAGACUGGCAGAGCCAGCAAGAAUUAGGACGUUGGCUAACCUCUCGUUGGAACUAAGGAGUGUGAGAUUCAGCGAUGCUGGAGACUAUCAUUGCAUGGUUUCCAGCGAAGGCGGAUCAUCAGCUGCUGCAGUUUUCCUCACAGUACAAGAGCCCCCUCCAGUCAUUCAAGUGCCUAAUAAUGUAACAGUCACUCCUGGAGAGAGAGCAGUUUUGACGUGUCUCGUCAUCAGUGCAGUGGAUUACAAUCUAACCUGGCAGAGGAAUGGCAGAGACGUCAGACUGGCAGAGCCAGCAAGAAUUAGGACGUUGGCUAACCUCUCGUUGGAACUAAGGAGUGUGAGAUUCAGCGAUGCUGGAGACUAUCAUUGCAUGGUUUCCAGCGAAGGCGGAUCAUCAGCUGCUGCAGUUUUCCUCACAGUACAAGAACCGCCCAAAGUUACUGUGAUGCCUAAGAAUCAGUCUUUCACAGGAGGGUCUGAGGUCUCCAUCGUGUGUUCUGCAACAGGUUAUCCCAAACCAAAGAUUGCCUGGACCAUUAACGAUAUGUUUAUCGUGGGUUCACACAGGUACUGGGUAUAG